CUCCCGGAGGUCGCCCGGAGCCUGGGCUGGAGGAUGUGCCGCUCAGCGCACGCCCCGGGAGCCGUGUUGCGGCAGCCGUGACCCGCUUUCCCAGUUUGCGAUCAUCUGAAGGUUACUCAGCUCUGCCUCCUCCUCCUGGAAGCCCUCCCGGCCCCGCACUUCCACCCCCCCAGCCCUUGGCCAGUCGCCUCCUCCCCGCUAGCGAGCAGUUCGCGUGUCUGUCGCCUCCGCCGUUUCAUUCAUUCAUUGGCUGUUGGCCAUCCACUCAGCCGCGGGCCCCGGGCACUGCGCCGUGCAGGAGGCCGACCCGGGAGGGGCCCCGGGGAGCUUCCACUGUGGUGGGGAGAGAAGCACGGACAGGAACACGGUGCCCCGCAUCGAGUCCGCGGGGAUCGGGGACGCUCAGCCCGAAGGGGCGGCCUGGCUGCGGCGCCAGCUGUCACUCCUCCGUUGUCCCGUGUUUGUGUAUGGGGAGUGUGCGGGUCCAGGAGGAGCCCCUGAGUGACAGCCCAGUGGGGGUCGCCCCGUGUCAGUCACUCCCGUGACUGAGCCACCUCUCUGUCCCAGACAUCAGCCCGGACCUCGGCAGAGCCAGGCCAAAGAGCUGGGACCACCCCGUGGUUCUUAGGGAUUCCUAGGCUGGAGGCUGGAGUGGGCGGCGGGCUCGCUGAGAUGUUGGCCGGGUUACAGAACGUGUCCAGCUUGGUGAGGCAGGGGUACACAGGGAAAUUCACAGAGCCCACCUCGGGCGUGUUCAGCCGAGCUGUGUUAGCUGUUCAGGGGCUGAAGCAGUGCUCAGUAAGAUGAACGGCUACAGACACCAGUGGGCUAGCUCACGGCCCCAGUAGUGUUUCACCAGUGGGCUAGCUCACGACCUCAGCACAAUGAGUAAGAAUUUAAGCCGAGGGCUGGAUGAAUUAGGGCGGAGUGGGCUGUUACAGAAGAGUUAACUAAGACUCGAGGAUUUUGGAGGGUGGGGUGAGACAUCUGACCUCAGCAGCAACCAGGCACAGACGGCAUCCAUGAACCGGAGAAAUCAAGGUGCUACAUGGAGUGCUGGACCCUGGAAUGGGGUUCCCCAAUGCAACUCACGAGGGCUUCAAUGUCACCCUGCACAGCACCCUGGGUGCCACGACGCGGCUGGUGCUGCCGACCCCUGCCAAGCCCAUCCUCCCGGUGCAGACCGGGGAGCAGGCCCAGCAGGAGGAGCAGUCGAGCGGCAUGACCAUCUUCUUCAGCCUGCUCGUCCUAGCUAUCUGCAUCAUAUUGGUGCACCUGCUCAUCAGGUACAGACUGCAUUUCUUGCCAGAGAGCGUUGCUGUGGUUUCUCUAGGUAUUCUUAUGGGAGCAGUUAUAAAAAUUAUAGAGUUCAAAAAACUGGCCAAUUGGAAGGAAGAAGAAAUGUUCCGUCCCAACAUGUUUUUCCUCCUCCUGCUCCCGCCUAUCAUCUUUGAGUCUGGCUACUCGCUGCACAAGGGUAACUUCUUUCAAAACAUUGGUUCCAUCACCCUGUUUGCUGUUUUUGGUACGGCCAUCUCUGCUUUUGUAGUAGGUGGAGGAAUUUAUUUUCUGGGUCAGGCUGAUGUAAUCUCUAAGCUCAACAUGACAGACAGUUUCGCGUUUGGCUCCCUGAUAUCUGCAGUCGACCCCGUGGCUACGAUUGCUAUUUUCAACGCACUGCACGUGGACCCUGUGCUCAACAUGUUGGUCUUUGGAGAGAGCAUCCUCAACGACGCCGUCUCCAUCGUCCUGACCAACACAGCAGAAGGUUUAACAAGGAAAAACAUGUCAGACGUCAGCGGGUGGCAGACCUUCCUGCAGGCCCUCGGCUACUUCCUGAAGAUGUUCUUUGGCUCGGCGGCGCUCGGCACUCUGACGGGCCUGAUCUCCGCGCUGGUGCUGAAGCACAUCGACUUGAGGAAGACGCCGUCCUUGGAGUUCGGCAUGAUGAUCAUCUUCGCGUACCUGCCGUAUGGGCUUGCCGAAGGGAUCUCGCUCUCAGGCAUCAUGGCCAUCCUGUUCUCGGGCAUCGUGAUGUCGCACUACACGCACCACAACCUCUCCCCGGUCACCCAGAUCCUCAUGCAGCAAACCCUGCGGACCGUGGCCUUCCUGUGCGAGACGUGCGUGUUUGCGUUUCUCGGCCUGUCCAUCUUUAGUUUCCCACACAAGUUUGAAAUUUCCUUUGUCAUCUGGUGCAUAGUGCUUGUGCUGUUCGGCAGAGCCGUGAACAUCUUCCCCCUCUCCUACCUCCUGAAUUUCUUCCGCGAUCACAAGAUCACCCCGAAGAUGAUGUUCAUCAUGUGGUUCAGUGGCCUGCGGGGGGCCAUCCCCUACGCCCUGAGCCUGCACCUGGACCUGGAGCCCAUGGAGAAGCGGCAGCUCGUGGGCACCACCACCAUCAUCAUUGUGCUCUUCACCAUCCUGCUGCUGGGCGGCAGCACCAUGCCCCUCAUCCGCCUGGUGGACAUCGAGGACGCCCGGGCGCGGCGCCGCAGCAAGAAGGACGUGAACCUCAGCAAGACGGAGAAGAUGGGCAACACCAUCGAGUCGGAGCACUUGUCGGAGCUCACUGAGGAGGAGUACGAAGCCCACUACGUGAGGCGGCAGGACCUCAAGGGCUUCAUGUGGCUGGACGCCAAGUACCUGAACCCCUUCUUCACCCGCAGGCUGACACAGGAGGACCUGCACCACGGGCGCAUCCAGAUGAAGACCCUGACCAACAAGUGGUACGAGGAGGUGCGCCAGGGCCCUUCGGGCUCCGAGGACGACGAGCAGGAGCUGCUGUGACGGCGCCGAGGCUGUGGCAAGGCCAGGGCCAGCCUGGGUAGUCGCUGCCCGCAGACGCCCGGCACGGCCCUCAGAGGCGCGUGCGUCGGCACCCUCUCAGGGAUAGGAGGCAGCGGGAGAAGUUGAGGCUGUGGAGCCCUCUGAACUUGGAACUUUCCAGGCCUUUGGAGCCAACUGGCCUCUUGGGAAACGUGUGUCCUCUCCCCACUGAGCCAGGCCAAGUGGCCACGCGUGCAUCGCCACAGCAGCCAGGGGAGCAGGCACCUGCCCGUGAGAAGAGGCAGCCCACUGAGCGCCGGGCCUGGGACCGGUGUGGGAGCAAGGGAGUGCGUGUUUGGGUCAGCGCCCCUCCCCGGCCCCCACCUCGGCCUCGCCCCAGGCCGCAGGCCCCUGCCCCUCUGGAGUGGGCGUCGCCCCGGGGCCAGGGUCAGCUGCCAUUUGCCUUGCAUCUUCAAGGAGCCAGGGCCUUUGGCUGGGCCCGGAACCCUGGGCCACCUCCGUGUGCUCCCUGGGCGGCCGCUCCUGCCCUGAACAGGGAGGGAGUGUUCCUCGAGUGCCCGCCCCGCCCGUGGAAGCCGGGUGGGGGCGGCCUGUUCUGCGGGGCCACCGUGCCCUCGAGAGAAAAGCGAGGUCACAGGCUGAGCCUGCAGCCAGGGCCUGGGGUGCCUUCCGCCCGCUGGUGCCACUCACCGCCGGUUCCCCACCAUCCUGGUUCUGUUUGUCCCCAGGCUGGAAUCCUGGGGUCUGAAGCGUAGCACACGCACCCCGGCAGCCUCCAUGGCCAUCGCGGGCUGGGAGCUGCCAGCCGUGUCCAGCCGUGUCUGGUUACAUGCGGGGGCCGUCCGCUCCCCUGCCCCUCCGCCCUUCCCCACGCCGCCCCGCUUUGCCCUCCGUGGGCCCUGGCAGCUUCCACGUGUGGCUCUGGCUCCCGCAGGUGGUCUCAUCCAUCCGGUGCACAUCUUGGGUUCUCCGUAGGGUCCCUGGGUGGAGCAGGUGUGGUGGCAGGUGCAUCUCCGGCCCCCUGCCUCAGGGGCGUGGCUCUGGUGGUAGGGAGGAGUCACGUCAGGACUCCGGGGCCUCAGGCCCCAGCCCUCAGCCUGCCUUGCCGGGAUAAGACCAGGCAGGCCGCGCGUGAUCUGCUUCCUCGCAUGAGAAGUGAACUUGCACUUGGCAGCGCUCCACAGUGCCCCUGUGCUGCUCUCCCCACCCCGCAAGCCUUUGCCUGGAGGAUGCUGGCCUCUGCCACGGGUCUCGGGGCCACGGGGACCCCAGGGCGUGCUCAGCCCAGCUUGGAGCUCCUGAGCCGAGGGCCGAUGGCGGGUGGGAGCUGCUCUGCAAACCCGGCGGCUUGCCAGGAUUUCUCUCCUUUUUCAAGCCUUCAAUCCACAGAUUGAGCAAUGAAAAGUGAUCUCAGUUCAGGCCGCCCCUUGUCACUGCUCGUAGCUGAGGGUGGCAGCGGGGCUCGGGGACCCUGCCUGGGAGGUGCCAAGGCCGCGGGGAUCUCCCGUGAGCCAGCUCCGCCCCCUGCUGGCCGAGUGUGGGCUUAGCCCCUGGGGGUUGGCCCUCAGCCAUCUCGCUGGCCUUUAACCAGCAAAAGGCCGUGGAGGCGCCUUCUGGUGGGAUGCUCCCAACAGCUGCUUCUGGAGGAGUUGAUUUAAGAUGUCUGCCUGGGAAGCACAGCUCGCUGCUGUCGACUUUCGAGCACACCCCGCCCUCCCACGUGGGGGAGCAGUGAGUGCGAGGAGGCAGGAAGACGGCCAGUGAGGACCCCCCCCCCCCCCGCCCCUUAGGUCUAGGCCACGGCCAGGAGCACGCAGCACAGCAGGGGGCUUUGAGCCAGGUGAAGGCUGUGGCGUCAGUGCCUUGGGGGUGCCGGCUCUUUAGCCCUGCACCGGGAUGUGCCACCCAGGCCUGCGACUAAGACCCCUCUAGACUCACUCGCGUACCUUCCGUGGCCGGAGCAGCCUGGGGGGUGGGGUACAGGGCAGGGAGGGGCCUGGCUCAGUGGCUCGGCCCUGUCUCUGGUGCUCUGACCUCAAGCUGGGGCAACGCCGCUGAUCGCUCCGCAGGGGAGAGCCUGGGCGCUGCUGCUAGGUGGGCCAGGGCGGCCCCUCUGGGAGCACCUGUGGCGGGCACCCGGGGCUGCCGCGGCAGGGGCCUGGGGGGCUCUGGCCGAGACGAGCUGUGGCAGCUGCAGUGUGUGGGGGGGGAGACUCCCGGCAGUCCUGUGCCGCCCAGGAGGGCUUUAAGAGCAGCCCCUGGUUCCCCAGUGGGAAGCAUUCCCAGAGCAGCCAGGUGUUUCAGAACUUGGUCCAGCAGGGGAGGGCGCCGCGGGGCCUGCGUCCCCGGGAGCUGGGCUUCUCCCUGCUCUGCGCGAGCUGUCUCCUGGCAGGAUCUGCAAGCCCCAGGCCAAAAGGAGUCACGUGCCAGCUCGGCGGGGUGGCGGCAGAGGCGCCGCUGCGCUGUGGACCGUGUGCGCCUCCUGCGAAGCUUGAUGUGUUGAUUGGAAUCGUGCACUUGUUUUCUGUGUAAAACCGCGUGUUUAAGGGCCUGGCUUUUGGCUUAAGGACUGUUAAGGGGGGUGGGCUUGCUGUUAAGGCCCCAGCGAGCUUGAGGGGCGCUUGUGGGGCCGCACGGCCCGAGCUGUACUUGCUGCUCUUCCUGAUGGGGCUCUGGGUUGGGCAGGGCCCAGAGGUGGACGCUACCUCGCCAGAUUUAAAGGACUCACGACUGGGCCGUCAGUCACGCCACUGGAUCCUCGUUUAGAAAUAAAGGUGGAAGCCGCUGGA